CCUCUCCUUGAUAAAAUUCUCCCGGCUCCCCUCUCUCCCAAAGGAAGGAAGAGACCACUAUACGAAAGCAGAAGUUUUUAGAGGGAUUCUCAUUCUCUCCAAAUCAAAAUCAGAUGCAAUAACAAGAGACGCUAUCACUGCAGUGCGCCUGGAAGGAAGAGCGAAGUUCAACAAUGGCAGACUCGAGUUCCAAUGCCACCAACGCAGGCUCUCAUUUCCUACCAACGGUUACAUUAUUCGACUGGUGGCUCGUUAAAUCCCCAGACAACCGUUUAUGCAUCUCCGGCAACGCUUCCAGAAAGGGAGAAGCCGUUCGCGUGUUCAAUUCUUCUCCUAUUGUUGAAAGAUACGAUGUGUAUUCCCUUAAGAAUGCCGAGGGUAUAUACAUUUUCAUUAGGGGUAUCAUCAAUGAGGAACGCACGCUCGAAAAAGGUUUUACUCCUCAGAUUUUCAAUAGUUUUUACAUUGGCUUUCCUCCAAACUGGGAAACUUGUUGGGUUUUACAUUGUAUCAGAGAAGAAGAAGAAGAAGUAGAAACUGGUACUGAUUUGGUCAAUGCUGCUAUGAAUACUGAAUCUCCAAUUUGUGAAGACAUUUUGUCUGACGUUGUUUUGGUUGUUGUUGCAGAUGAGCAAAAAUCCAUUUCUGUUUUGUUGGAAUUGCCUGAAGAAGCCCCAGAAAAUAACCAGACACCAUUCCCUGGAGAUGAAUGCCAAGUCUCAAAGGAGACGAGUGGGGUAAAUGUUGCUUGUGGUGGUGGUGUAAUUAAACGUAGUACCAGGUUACAUAGUAUUAACGUCUGUCAGCAGAAGAAGAUAGAGAAGCAGCAGCCUACGUCUAGAGGUCCUCUCAAGCAUCCAGAUGGAGAGCCAAGCUCUACCUCCAAGGCAGUGGAAAAUCGUGAUUCGGAUACUGCGCAUCUUGAUAAUGUAUCAGCAAAUCUUCCAGAAAUAUCAUCUGGUGCUGUGGAAAAUUCUUUUCCUACUUCAUCGGUAACACCUGAAAAGGCCACGGGACAUUGCAAUAAGUUAUUCCCUGAAGGUGAAGAAGAUAUGUCAAUUAAGACGAGUGAGGCCAAUGUUGUUCAUGGUAGUGGCAGGAAUAGACGUAGUGCCCGGUUGCAUAAUGUUAAAUCCUUCCAAAAGAAGCAGCCUGCUACUGGAGGUCCGGCAACACGUCGAGGUAAAAACCGGAUCUCCGCCUCAGCAGCCAUAGAAAAGAGUGAUGGGGGGCUGGAAAAUCUAUCGACAUCCGUUCAGUCACAAAGUGGAAUAGUAAACACGUUGUCUGGGCAGGUCUCUAAUAAAAUAAUAUCCAAAACUUCUUCAGCAAAAACUGAAGUGGGUCAUAAGAAAAAGAAGGUGACAGUUGAAACAGAAAAGAGUGAUGGGGGGCUGGAAAAUCUAUCGACACCAGUUCAGUCUCAAAGUGGAAUAGUAAACACACUGUCUGGGCAGGUCACUAAUAAAUUCAGAUCCAAAAUUUCCAAAACUUCAGCAAAAACUGAAGUGGGUCAUAAGAAAAAGAAGGUGACAGUUGAAACAGAAAAGAGUGAUGGGGGGCUGGAAAAUCUAUCGACACCCGUUCAGUCACAAAGUGGAAUAGUAAACACGCUGUCUGGGAAGGUCACUAAUAAAUUCAGAUCCAAAAUUUCCAAAACUUCUUCAGCAAACACUGAAGUGGGUCAUAAGAAAAAGAAGGUGACAGUUGAAACAGAAGCCGUGAAUCACAAGAGAAAAGUUAUGAAACCCCCAUCUUCUGUAAAAUCUCCACAGGGAAGGGAUGUAACUCACUUGAACAAGGGAAGUAAACAGGAAUUAACCAUGGUUUCCCCGGAGUCAUUGAGUCUUAAAAAAUCCAGAUCUGGUAGGUUACUUCUACCUUCCAUGGAGUUUUGGCGCAACGAAAUACCCAUUUAUAAUGCGGACCGUGGGAUUAAAGAAAUUCAGCAAGACUUGACUUUGACAUCACCUUUUAGAGGCUUUUCGCCAUCACCUUUUAGAGGCUUUUCGCCGUCACCGGGCAGGUUUUGAACUUCUGAUUCUGGUGUUUUGGAUAUGGUUUGGAAAAUUACAGCAGUUUGGAUAUUUGGAAGAGUAAAAAUGUAAAUAUUGUUUAAAGUAUUCACUAGUGUUCUCUGGAUUAUGGUAUCAAAUCUGCAGCUACUUUAGUUAGGUUUACAUAGAAUGUCUUGAUAAAAUUUAGAGACCCCUCAAUGGCACAUUAUUAUUUUAUUUUUUUAAGUUAUUAGCAUU